GAGCAAAGCGUAGGAUGGAACCAACAUUGCGAGGAGUCUUUUUACAUUGAAGAGGAGGAUCGACGAGGAAGAGGAACAAAGAUGCCUGCCUCGCAAACCGCCGCCACUGAGCGGCGAAACGAUCGAUCGAUCACACAUGAGCCACCAAAAUUAAAAACAACGCUCAAAACACCACCAAAACAAGCAACAAAUCCCCUUCAGUUUGUGAAGGUUGGACCAUGUUCGCUUUAUCGGACAGCUCAAGAGCAACUUCAAAAAGUCCAAGAAGUCAAAAAGAUCAAACAGGAAGUGCGAGAAGAUCCCGAAGAUUGGCAGUCAAAUUUAGACAACUGGAAAAGUAGUCGAAGGAAGCGUCAGGAACAUAUAAUUGAACGUGUCGUUGAAGUAAAAAAACUAGAAUUAGAAGAACAUGAUCGGCAGCGUCGACGAAGUAAAACCUUCUCGGAAAUGAUGGAGGAAAGAGGAAAUAGAGGCCGGAAAUUGAGCAUGAGUCUAACAAUGUACCACGAAGAGGACUCGAACGAUCUCAGUGAUCUUGGAAUUGGUACCAGCAGUGGAAAAAGUUCUGUUAGCGGCGACACUCACGACGAUACGCACAGUGUUUUAAGCGACAGAGACAGCGAAAUUGAAAAAAAUCACUCAGAUGUCGAUAAUGCACCAAUUGAAAAUGGCAACGAAUCGGAAAAUUUAAAGGCCAAAAUUUCAAAUGGUUUUCACAAUAAUCAUGAAUAUGAUUCGGCGGCAACAGCAACGGCAAGUUCACCAGAACCUGAAGAAUACACCUACGAAGGAGCAAUACGUGGUUAUGUUUCAAGAGUAGCGCAAAAUAUUCCCCGAAGAUCAUUAGCGAAUCUUGAAGUGAAACUCGAGAAUUCCAAAUCAACGACAAAUGGAUCGAAAACAAAUCUCAAUGAUGAAACAACGAAUGGAUCACCAAUUGUUAAAGUCGAUAUUUUAAAAAGAAGGGAAAUUUUUGAAAAAGCUGCUCAAAAUAAUGGGGACAAUAAAAUGAAUAAUAGAUUAAGUUCCGAAUUUUCAAAUAAUAAAUCAAUUAAAGAACGUUUAUCACAUCUUGAAAAACAAAAAAAUGAUUCAGAAUGUUUUGAAAAAACUAAUAGUAAAGCAUUAAAUAGGCUUUCGGGUGAUAUGCAUUCAAUACGCGAGAGAUUGUCACAUUUAGAGAAACAAGCAUCGGAAAGAGAGAAAAUAAAUAAUCAUGACGAAGAUUUAGAAACUAUUCGACCAUUAAGAGAACGACUCUCAACACUUGAGAAAUACAGUAGCAAUGAUGAAUUUUCAAUUUGUCAUGGUGAAUUAUCAGCGAGAACAAUUAAAAAUCGUCUCAAUUCACUCGAUACAACAAGAAAUAAAGAAGAAAAGAGAAAUUCAUCAAUUAAAAAUAAUCAUUGCUUUCGAGAUCAAGAUAAUAGAAAUGAUAAUUCAACACCAAGUGAAAGAAGUUCAUCACCCGAUUCAGAAUAUAGAGCACCAAGGGCUCCAUUUCAUCGUAGUCUUGAUUCUUUAGAUGCUGAUGCAUCAAGUGGACCCGAUACAUUCGAAAGAGUUCAAAGUCUCGAGGAAUUGGAUUAUACACGUCGUUAUCCUGCUUCUUCAUCGUCGGCAGAAAUUCUCAACGAUACUGACAGAGAGGAUUCUGGUAUUCAUACAGCUGAUGUAAGUUGUUCAGUGAGUCAAGCCGAUGAACCCGUUGACGAGGAGGUAAUUCACAAUCACGUUGAGAGACAACAAGUUAUUAUUGAAGAAAAUCAAGAAUCACCAAUAUUGGAAAUACGAAAAGACGAAUUGAGAAGAGAAUCAAAGAAGGAAGAAUUAAGAGAGGAAUUAAAGAAAGAAGAAUUAAAGAACGAAACAGAUGAUACAGUUUGCCAGAGAGAAGCAGUGACAACAAUAAAGGGUACUGCUGAAAAUACUUCCGGUGAACAGACGUCUAAAAUUGAUCCUCUAGUUACUAAUAAUUCUCAUUCCCUUUCUUCAUCACGUCCAAUAAUUUAUCAGAGUCCAAAAGUACCUCCUCGAAGAACUCCGCCUGAAAUUUUGAAAUUUCAAUGCAAAUCCAAUAUUGUUCAACCGGCUUUUAAAUUAAAUCUCACGGAAGAAAUCAGGGAAAAAUCAUCCUUUGAAAGUUCCGAUUCAUCUCCAGCAUCACCACCAACACCAACUUUUCCAACUUCCAUUAGAUUAUUUCCCAAUGAUUCAAAAUCAUUAUCUCCUUGCACAUCGCCAAGAACAUCAAAAAUACCAACACCACUACCUCGUAAAUCAAUAUCAAAAUCUCCCGUUGAAAAUUCCUCUUGGAUUUAUCCUGGUCCAUUGGUUUCUUUAGCUUCUCCUCUAGUUUCACCUUCUUUGAUUUCUUCUGUUACUUUUUCUAAUUCUUCUUCUUCGACUUCUUCCUUAUCAUCUCCUGCUAAAAUUUCUCCAAAGACGCGUAAAACUUCCGAAAUUCCUGUGCCAAUUCCCACGAGUCCUUUAUUAAAUAGUUCCAAAUUAUCUUUUCAAAAAAUUGACGAUUUAACAAAAUCUACAUCCUCAAUUCCUGUUUCAAAUUCCCCUUCCUCAAAAUCGAAUCAGGUGAUGGAUACAAGAUCAACAGACAAACGACUUAUGGUGGUGGAAGUUUGGGAAAAGGUGACGGUUCCCCAAGGACAAACUCCUGCAUCGGCUUUGGUCACUCCAAGCAACGAGUGUUUUAAAAAUGGCCAAAACUCUGAGGAAUCAUCAGUUAUUGAGAAAGCGAAUGUUGUGGAGGAAAAAAAUAUUUGCCAAACGAUUGUGCCAGUUGAUCGCGAAGAAGUUACUGGAAUACCAUCAUCGUCAUCAUCAUCUUCAUCAUCAUCAUCAUCCAAUACAUCAGAAGUGGAAAUAGUUUCCGAGAGGAAGAAUGAGGAAUCUGAACCAGUUGAUCAACAGGAGCCAGAAGUUAUUUCCAUUCCUUUGACUAGUGAAAAACAUGAACGUCCAUCGACUUUAAAUUUUGUUGAAAUUCAUUCAACUGUUGAGAUGUUUAGUCCAUUGUCACAUGGCUCAACACCGAUUUUACCUCUGAGUUUAACGAGCGAUGAAGAAAUAGUAUCUGGUCUCGCCUUUCCUAUGGGUCCACCAACAAGUGUUGAACCACCGAAAGAAAAACCACCACCGCCACCGAUAGAACUCAGUGAUGAAGAAAGUCAUCCCGUUGAGCCUUUAAAGAGAUUAAAUUCCACUCGCAGAAUAAAGAAGGAACUUAGAACCAGGCGCUCCGAUUUCCUUGGAAUUGGAGGAUUAAAUACUGAUGACGAUUUGGAGCGUGAAUUAAUGCUGACGAAACCACCUGAUAUUGCAUCGAUUCUCGCUGAGGAAAGACGUAUCGAGCAACUACAUCGACGUUCCUAUGAUACUGACAGCAAUUACGAACAGGAUUCAAGUCAUGAACGCGACUCGGGAGUGGAACUUGGCCACGUGGAAGAUUGGACAAAACAGCCAGUGAGUCCCGAUAUAUCGCAACACAGUCGACAGAGCAGUGAACCAUUUGGAGCGAGUGUAACUUCCUCUGAGGAAGAUGAAAUUACAAAAAAAGAACGCGAAAUUAUUGAAGUCCUUGAAAAGGAAGAACAAUGGCGUUACGGAAAUAGUCGUGAAUUAAAUAGUGACAUUGGAGAAAAAUUAGCUCAUAAAUUACGUGAAUUGGAAGAGGAGAAAAUGCAAUUGGAACGUGAACGUUCUGCUCAUGAAGCAGAGGAACAACGACGUCAUGAAGAAACACUGAGAAAAAAUGAAGAAAAUAUUCGUAAACAAGAGGAAAUUAUAAGAAAACAACAGCAACAAGAGGAAAUUGUUCGACAAGAAGUUGCCGCACGAGCAGCGGAAGCAAAACGUUUAGAAGAUGAAAGAAAAGAUAAGGAACUUCGUAUUCAAACGCAAGAGAAAUUAAAAAUUCAAUCUGAAAUUGUCGAUAGUGAAAAGAAAAAUUCGGAAAAUCGCCGACAGGAGGAAAUUAUCGUUAGAAACGAAGUUCUUAAAAUUAAACCAGAGAACAAAACAUUAAUGGAGUACGACAAUCAAAAUGACGAGUUUUCCACAGGGGAUGUACUUCGAGUUGAAAGAGAAUUAUUGCAACUGGAACAGGAGGAACUUCAGAGAAAACGAAAUAAUUUAGCGUAUCAAGAGCAAAAGCAACAGCAAUUGGCGCAACAACUUCAAGAACAAUGGAAAUCAUUGCAAGAUGUUGCCAAUGGAUCAUCGAGAAAUCAACAGUACAAACUUCAAACACCAUUAAAUUAUCGAUCAUCAAUGCCUAAUCUUCAAAUGCAAGAUGUACAAAGAAGAAGACCGCCUCCACCUCCAAUUCCUCCGGCAAAACCCAUAAGAAUCGUUGAACAAAGACAGAGGGACGUUCCAAUCAGAAACAGUAGAAUUCCUUCGGCGGAUUCGAUUCCGCAACAAGUUGAUGCCUCAAUUCGUCACAGUGCUUCGGCAACGAUGUUGGCAAAUCAUUGCGGACAACAAAUGACAAGACAGACAUUGCAUGCAUUGAGCGCAGUUCCUCGUUCACGAAUUGUUCAGGGCGAUCAAUGGGUUCAGAGAAGAAAAAGCGAUGUGCCACGAGCAACGCAGGAAUAUAAUUAUCAACACUGGCUUAUUCAGGAAGCGGAACAAAGAAGAAUUAAUGAGAAAAAUCAACGAUCACCAGUUCGAAAAUCACAACCACACGUCACAGGAACUUCUGUGCCAUAUAAUACUCCAUCUCCAAGGGCAGAUAGUAAACCACUACCAGAUUCAAUUAUUCAAACACUCACACAAAGAGUACAAGCUAGAGCACAGGAAAAGCCUAUUCCGCCUAGACGAAGACUAGAGCAGCCUACGAGUCAGGAACUUAUUCAAAAGCAGUAUGUAAUACAGCCGCAAAAAACGAAUCAAACUCAAAAUAGUGUCGAUUCACAGGAAAAGAUGCUGAGCGUCUCUGGAAAGAAAAAAUGCUCCCAUUGCGGAGAUGAAUUAGGCCGAGGAGCAGCGAUGAUAAUUGAAAGUCUUCGGCUAUUUUACCAUAUGGAAUGCUUCAAAUGCUGCGUCUGUCAUGUUCGCCUCGGGGACGGUCUAAUGGGAACUGACGUACGAGUUCGCAAUCAUAAACUUCACUGCCAUAACUGCUACUCCAGUGAUGACGGUGUCAAAUUCAGCUGCGUGUAAAGAAAAAAAUAAUAUAUUGCGAGCUAAUGGAUCUUAAGCUAACUUGAAUAUAGCGAAUCACGGCUAUAUUUUAUAAGUUGUAGUAAAACCAUUUAGUUACCUCGCCCUGGGAAACAGAACAGAAAAAAAAGGUGGCAAAGCCUCGCCUCCAAUUGUGUAAAUAAAUUUUUUUUUGACGACCAAACAAAUAUCGGCAAAUGCCGUUCUUCAUUAACACAUUUCUUUUAUCAUUUGUAAAUAGCCUGUAUUUAUGUAAUUAGAUUUAUAGAAUUUAAGAAGAGUCGAUAUGAAUUUUUUUUUCAUUUUAAAUUAGAUGAGAUGAAAUGUACAUUUUUGUAUGAUAAUUUGUGAUAUUUAUAAGUUUUUUUUUCUCCCUGAACGUGAAUGUUAAUAGCUUUCUUAAAUCUAGAGAGUAACAUUUUUUUCAAUCAAAUCUUGUAUUAAUCAACAAUGUCGAGAAUUUAUUGUUACUCCUUUUUUUAUAAUUUUAAGUGCUGGUUAUGUUGCACGUAAUCUACAAUUCGAAACCUUCUUUUAUUUUUCGUUUUCUAUUUAACAGAGGCAAUUUUUUACUAAUCGAUUUUAAUUCUUAUUGUUUAACAAACUUCGAAACCUUGGAAUCAUAGAGCAAAUAAUCCUGUGUGAAAUAUUGUACGAUACGUGUUUCGUGUUAUCACAAUGUCUAAUUUUAUAUUAGCAAUGAAAAUAAAUGUUUAUUUUAGUCAGAAAAAAAAACAAACAAAAA